AUGUCAACUGACAUCCUGCAGGAUAAAAGCGUAGCCUUGAACGGCAAGAACGACGUACCGGUAGUCUCGCAGCCCACUACCAGGGGUGGACUUAGGGUAUACAAGAUUGUUGUUUUGGGUGAUGGUGGUGUUGGUAAAUCAGCUGUCACUUUACAAUUUGUCAGUCAUAGCUUUCUUGACUAUCAUGAUCCAACUAUAGAGGAUUCAUAUCAACAACAAGCAGUUAUAGAUGGUGAGGCUGCACUUUUAGAUAUAUUGGACACUGCAGGGCAGGUGGAAUUUACAGCUAUGCGUGACCAAUACAUGAGAUGUGGAGAGGGCUUUAUGAUAUGUUAUUCUGUAACUGAUAGACAUAGCUUUCAAGAAGCUUUGGAAUAUAGAAAAUUGAUAACACGUGUAAGAGCUAAUGAAGAUAUACCAUUGGUAUUAGUUGGCAAUAAAUUUGACUUGCAGCAUCAUAGAAAGGUAACCACAGAUGAAGGAAAAGCACUUGCUGAACAGCUUGGUUGUCCAUUUUAUGAAACAUCUGCAGCCCUCAGACAAUUUAUAGAUGAUGCAUUUUAUUCAUUAGUCAGGCAAAUCCGAGCUAAAGAAAAGUCAAGAAACUCAGUACGUAAACAUAGUCGUUGGUGGCGGCUCCGUUCAAUUUUUGCCUUUAUUUUUAGAAGGAAGCAGAGACAUGUUAACAAUCACCACUAUUCCCCAUAA